AUGGGGGUAUCAAACUCCAAAAGUGGGCUCCACUCCUCCAAUUGCUGCUCCUGGUCGUCCAUCGAUUGCCCGGGCCUGCUACUCUCCCUGGGGUGCUCCGGUGCUCCGUCUGCCCCCCUGCCUGCUGCUCUCCCUUGGGUGUGCCGGGCACCCUCGGCUGCCCCCGUGUCUGCUGCGCUCCCUGGGGUUCCCCGGUCACCCCCGGCUGCCCCCUUGCUUGCUGCUCUCCUUGGGAUGCUCCGGUCACCCCCGGCUGCCCCCCUGGCUGCUGCUCUCCCUGGGGUGCUCCGGGCACCCUUGGCUUCCCCCCUGCCUACUGCACUCCCUGCGGUGCUCCGGGCACCCUCGGCUGCCCUCCUGCCUGCUGCUCUCCCUGGGGUGCUCCGAGCACCCUCGGCUGCCCCCCUGCCCGCUCAGCUCCCUGGAGUGUCUCAAUCGCCCAUGGCUGCCCCUCCGCCUGCUGUGCGGCAGCACCGCUUCCAGUCCGCCCUUGCGACUUACGUGCGUGUCAUCUCCCACCUGGACCCCCUCCUGCUGCCCUCCACCGACAGCUCCUGCUGCCCUCCCGCCGACAGCUCCUGCUGCCCUCCUGUGACAGCUCCUGCCGCUCUUCUCCCAGCAUCUCCUGCUGCCCUCCUACCUGCAGCCGGGCCUGAUUCUCCGAUUGGUCCCGCUGCACCUCUGGCUGUAGCUCGGCCAUCUCCACGUCCACUGCUUGCUGCUCCCUUGCCGGUAGCUGCCCCUCCCCCGGCGGCUCCUGCUGCUCUUCCCUUGGCAGCUCUUGCUGCUCUCCCCCGGGCUGCUCCUGCUGCACCUAUGGCUGUAGCUCGGCCAUCUCCACUUCUACCACUUGCUGCUUCCUUGCUUGCUGCUCCCUUGCCAGCAGCCCCUGCUGCCCUUCCCUUGGCAGCUCUUGCUGCUCACCCCCGGGCAGCUCCUACUGCCCUUCUGCCUGUGGCCGGGCCCGAUUCCCCAAUUGCUCCUGCUGCCCUCCCGCCGGCAGCUCCUGCUGCCCUCCCGUCGGCAGCUCCUGCUGCCCUCCCGCCGGUAGCUCCUGCUGCCCUCCCGCCGGCAGCUCCUGCUGCCCUCUCGCCGGCACCUCCUGCUGCCCUCUCGCCGGCAGCUCCUGCUGCCCUCCCGUCGGCAGCUCUCGCUGCCCUCCUGCCCGCAGCUCCUGCUACCCUCCCACCACCAGCUCUUGCUCCAAUCCCGCUGGCCACUCAUGCUGCUCUCCCGUCUGCAGUACCUGCUGCUCGCCUGCCGGCCGCACCUGCCACCCUCUUGCCUGCGGCUCUUGCUGCCCUCUUGCCGGCAGCUCAUGCUCCCCUCUCGCCGGCAGCUCCUGCUGCCCUCCCGCCGGCAGUACCUGCUGCUCUCCUGCCGGUCGCACCUGCUGCCCACUUGCCCGCGGUUCCUGCUGCCCUCUCGCCAGCAGCUCCUGCUGCCCUCCCACCGGCAGCACCUGCUGCCCUCCUGCCAGCAGUUCCUGCUGCCCCCUUGCUUGUGACUUCCGGACCUCCCCCAACAGCCAGUUCUGCUGCCCCCCCUCCUGCCACGAGGACUGGGUGCCGACUGGACUCCACUGCUGCACUUCCGGCCGAGCUCUCCGUCUUUGUUUCUGCCUUUGGGCCGGGCGAGGCCCGCGCAGGGCUGGGAAGGUUGGGCGUGCCAAGGGAUUAUCCACGGCCGUCUGCUGCCUAUUGUGAGACUCCUGCAGUCGUCGGCAGUGUGCCUCCCAUGCCGCCAUCGCCGUGUCUUCACCGAUGCUUUGCCUGUGCACCCCAUGACCGCACGCGCCCUCUUCUCUCGUGUCAAGUUGAGCUGGAGGGGCGCCUCCCACCUUCAAUGUAA